AUGAGCAAGGACAGUACGAGUCGGGUUGACGACAACAGGAAUCUUCCUUCAGCGAUCAAGCGCUCAGCCUCGAGAACGUCAGACGAGCUUUUGUAUUUUGACGAUGUUCGUGAGGACAUUCGUCAACCUCCGCCACUGGUCGUGGCAAAGGGAGGGCUUACGGACGGUCACCUGCUGGGAGCGUCCAACAAGAAUGCUGGGAGCUUGGUGACGAUGUCAGCAGGAGGCAAUGCUGGCGGACUCGGCCGAACGCUGAACGACCUUUUUCGCAGCAACCGCGGAAUCACCCCCUUGGGUUAUCGCCGAGGCCGCGGAUCAAUCCAAAACUGGCGGCAUGGGCGGUAUGAACCCGCCAAGAAUGACGUGGAGCACGCGGCGACGGCAAUAACGGAGCCGGAGAAGAAAGUGGCGGACGCUGAGCGCAAGAAGCGCGUGCUCAUUCUCAUGAGCGACACGGGUGGAGGCCACCGCGCUAGUGCUGAGGCGAUCAAGUCGACCUUUGAGCUGGAAUACGGAAAUAAGUACGAGGUGACCAUCAUCGACCUGUGGAAGGAGCACACGCCGUGGCCCUUCAACCAGAUGCCCAAGAGCUACAGCUUCCUCGUGCGCCACGAGACGCUGUGGAAGGUGGCGUUCUACGCCACCAAGCCCAAGUUCGUGCACCAGCCGCAGAUGGCCGCGACCUCCGCGUUCGUUGCAAGGGAGGUAUCGAAGGGGCUGGACAAGUACAAGCCGGACGUGAUAGUGAGCGUGCAUCCGCUCAUGCAGCACAUCCCUCUGCGCGUGCUGCGCUCCCGAGGCCUGCUGCAUCGCAUCCCCUUCACCACCGUCGUCACCGACCUCACCACAUGUCACCCCACCUGGUUCCACCGCCUGGUGACGGUGUGCUUCUGCCCCACCAAGGACGUGGCGCAACGAGCUCUCAAGGCAGGCUUGCAGCCGCCUCAGAUCAGGAUACACGGGCUGCCCAUCCGACCAGCCUUCGCCAAGCCCUCAGCUCCCAAGGACGAGCUGCGCCGGGCAUUGGGGAUGGACCCUGAUCUCCCAGCCGCGCUGCUGAUUGGUGGAGGGGAGGGCAUGGGCCCCGUGGAGGCGACUGCAAAGGCGCUGGCAGCCAACCUGGCGCCUGCGGGUGGUGGGGAGGCGGUGGCCAAGGGGCAGCUGGUGGUGAUCUGCGGGCGCAACAAGAAGCGGCUGGCUAGUCUCCAGGCCGUCAAGUGGCCCUUGCCUGUUGUGCUGAAGGGAUUUGUGACCAAUAUGCCUGAUGUGAUGGCCGCAUGUGACUGCAUCAUCACUAAGGCUGGUCCUGGCACGAUAGCUGAGUCCAUGAUCCGGGGUCUACCCAUGGUGCUCAAUGACUUCAUUGCAGGACAGGAAGCUGGAAAUGUUCCAUACGUUGUCGACAAUGGCACCGGAUUGUUUGAGGAGAAUCCCAAAGAGAUUGCGAACAUUGUGGCGGACUGGUUUGGGCCCAAGGCAGACCAGUUCAAACAGAUGGCUGCCAACGCGCUCCGCGUUGCUCAGGUGACACAGCUUAUCUUCGAAAAAUACAGGCACCCCUUUCUGCUCACGUGGCUCGGUGCGGCUCUGUUGGUCAUUUACCUUCCGAUCGCCUACCUUAGGGAGUGCAUCACUCCGCUAAUAACCAAACCUAGCUCCGUCGUACCGGGCGCGACUUCAAAAUCCCUGAAGGAUCUGAAAAGUCACUCGAGCGGCGGCGAAUUGCAACGACUUAAGAAUGAGCCUCGACACCACAAGAGGCCCUCGAAGCCUCCACGUGAGAUCGAUGACAGCUCAAUGGAUGAAGAAAGUGACCUGGAUACGGAAUUGUUGCUUCAAAAGUCGCUAUCGGAUAUCGCACAACCCGUUCGUUCCGCGAAACUUUCCACCCGGGAAAUCAUUAAGUGCGCCCUCGUCCUGGCACCCCUCUGGCUGCUUACUGAGUACCUGUCAAACGCCGCUCUGUCAAUGACAAGCGUGGCCAGCACAACCAUUCUUUCAUCGACUUCAGGGCUUUUCACUCUCCUUUUUGGGGUUACGUUAGGAAAUGAGAAGUUAACAACGUCGAAGGUAGUUGCAGUCCUGGUGAGCAUAGCUGGGGUGGUCAUGACUGAGCUCGGCAAAAGUACUGCAGCGGAUGAUAGCACCGUGUUUGGUGACGACGCAAGGAAUCCUGGCGAAGGAGCUGGUCAGUAUGUGUUACCGAGUCAACAUCUUGUUGGUGAUAUAUUCGGCCUCCUCUCUGCAGUUUCUUAUGGAGUAUACACAACUCUUCUGCGCAAGUAUGUCGGUGAUGAUGAAGCAGGGGACGAGAAAGCUGAUAUGCAGAAAGUUUUUGGGUACAUAGGCUUGGUCACCUUACUCGGACUAUGGUGGAUUGUUUUUCCUCUUCAUGUGUUUGGAUUGGAACCAUUGGCCGUUAUGCCUAGCACUGUCAAUCUCGAUGAGGACAUUGUUGCCAACAGCCUUGUUGGCAGUGUGGUCUCUGAUUAUUGCUGGGCGUUAUCAGUUGUAUGGACAACGCCUCUUGUUGCCACACUGGGCCUGUCAUUAACCAUCCCACUUGCCAUGGUUGCGGACAUGGUGAUGCAUGGCCGUCAGUACUCAUUUGUGUAUAUUCUUGGAUCUGUCCAGGUUUUUGGUGGCUUCCUGAUUGCAAACAUGGCGGACAAGUGCAUGGGUGGUCCUGCGUCAGAUCAAGAAAGUCCACGGUUUGAGAAGGAGAUGAUUGAUAUUCUCAGGAGCCCGGUGGAUUAG